AUGUCUGUCUACUCCCGACGUUCCUCGUCCUCUUCAUCAGGCCGAUCAAACGCCUCCACUAUCACAGUGAAAUCGGCCGACCUCAACGUCCCUCGCAGCAAGUCUCUCUCAGUCGUCACCUACCUUGCUGGGGGCGACCCCCGUAAGCACAAGAAUCUCCGCCGGCAGAAGACUACCACUGAGUACGAGAACGGCACCUACGAGACCACCUCGCAGUUUUUCUGGGUGCGGGACCCCUACGCGUCCACUUACUACUGGGACGGUGAUUAUGACGACUUCGACGACCGCUCGAGCGUCUACAGCGGCAGCUCAGGCGGCAGCUCACGACGCAGCAAGCGCAGCGGGCACAAAGCCCGAGCGGUGCACACCGCGGUACCGGUGCAGCCGAGACCGCCCCCUCAGCACCCAAUGGGCAUGCCGGGGCCGGGGAUGGGAAUGGGCAUGGGGAUGCCGCCGGGAAUGCCACCUCACAUGGGCGGACACCCACAUCCGAUGAUGAGAGGUGGCGGCGGCCCGCCUCCGGUCCAAGUCAUGGACGACCUGGAUGACGACGAUGCCAGCUCCAGCUAUAGCGGGAGCAGCUACAUGAGCGGGAGCUCUUACCACUCACACGCGAUGCCACCGCCACACCCUAUGGGCGCCAUGCCGCAUAUGCCGCCCCCGCCGGUGCACAUGGGCCACGGGCCCAUGGGUGGCGGCCCGCCGAUGAUGAGCGGUGCCGGUGGUCACAUGCCGCCGCCGCGCUCACAUCACGGUGAGGACAAUGGUGGCGACUUCGAAUUCAUUCAGAUUUCAUGA